GUUCUGCGCAUGUCCUCUGCGGUCCACACACAAGACCUGGAGAGAGAGAGAGAGAGAGUUAACAGGGAUUCAUGGAGCAUGUCACAGCACCAGUGUUUUCUAUGUCUUCUUAUCCACGAUGCACUUUAGGAUUUCAAUAAGAUGCGUGUGUGUUUCCAGAUAAUCAGUUUCUUCCUCGCCGUAAACUUUUACUGCCAGCCGCUCCGAGCUCAGGAUCCCUCCUGCUGCCAACAUGCUGCCGAGUUCUCGCCUUGCAAAGAAGCUUGUGACCAGCUCGCCACUAUAAAGAGUGAGUCUCGUCUAAAGCAUCUCCUCCAGAGGUUACCCAGUUACUGUCCAGAGUUGAUGAAUGAACUUUGGAUGUGCAUCAACUCCACACUUCCAGGAGUAUCCAGGAAGUCAGACGGCUGGGUGGGACUGGGCUGCUGUGAGCUGGCCAUCUCAGCUGAGUGUCGCAGGGAAUGCAGACAGGCAUCGUCUAAAAAUGACAUAACAAAAGUAUGCAAAAAAGUCACAGAGAACUCCCUCUACAGCUGCAUCACCAAAAAUGAAAUGGGCUCCACAUGCUGCAGCUAUGCAGGGCGUCACACCACCUGCAGGGAGUACUGCCAGGCCAUCUUCAGGACCGACUCGACCCCCACCGUGUCCCAGAUCAACGCCGUCAAAGAAUACUGUCAGAGUCACAGUGCCCAGCUGCUCAGCUGCGUCAGCAACUUCACCAAGUCUUACCCCAUACGCAGCCCGAUAGACAGUCUGUACUGCUGUGACCGGGCGGAGGCUCCACACUGCCAGGAGGCUUGCCGGCGAAUCCUUCGCACCAUGAGCACAGAGCAUGAGAUCAUGGAGGGUUUGAUCGAGGAGUGUGGCUCCCAGCCUCUCCCUCAGGAGCCCAUGUGGCAGUGCUUUCUGGGCAGUGCCCACCCUCCCUCCCCACCUGAAGAGGAGACCCCCCAUCCUGCCAAGAUGGACUGUGCCAAGCUGCACUGCUGCUCCAAGGCUAACACGUCCCUCUGCAGGGACAUGUGUCAGGAGAUCAGCACUAACUGGGGCAGCCAGACGUGGCAGGACUUCGACCAGCUCUGUGAGUACAACCCAGUGGAGACGGAGCUCAUCAACUGCCUGGCUGAUGUCAGAGAGCCCUGUCAGCUGGGUUGCAAGGACCUCGCCUACUGCACCAACUUCAACAACAGGCCGACAGAGCUGUUCCGCAGCUGUAACGUCCAGUCAGACCAGGGUGCCAUGAACGACAUCAAGCUGUGGUCCAACGGUACGAUCAAGAUGCCAUUCAUGAACAUCCCCGUGCUGGACAUCAGGAAGUGUCUGCCGGACAUGUGGAAGGCGGUGGCCUGUUCGCUGCAGAUCAAACCAUGCCACAGCAAGUCCAGAGGAAGCGUCAUAUGCAAGUCAGACUGUGUGGACAUCCUGACCCAGUGUGGCGACAGGAAACGUUUCCAUGAAGGUCAAACUCCAGAGAGGAUCUGUGAGCUGCUGUCGCCCAUUGAUGACCCUGAACGCUGCAUCCCCCUCCACAGAUACCUCACCCCCAGUUCCCUAGGCAACAACAUCGUGGAGGAGGUCGUCCAUCCAUGCAACCCCAACCCCUGCCCCAACAACCACCUAUGUCAGGUCAACAGGAAGGGCUGCCUUGAUGAACUCAACUGUCAGCCAUACCUCUGUGUGCCAGGCUGUAAACUGGGCGAGGCCUCAGAGUUCCUGGUGCAGCAGGACGCUCGUAUCCAGGUGCCAACUCGCGCUGGCCCUGCCGGGUGCUACGAGGUGUGCAGCUGUGGUCCCAGUGGGCGCCUGGAGAACUGUGUGGAGAUGCCCUGUGUGGACACCAACAAGCCGUGCGUCGUAGGAGGACAGAGGAGGAGCCACGGGACGACUUUCAGGAUGGACUGCCACACCUGCUCCUGCUUCGCUGGUGACGCCAUCUGCUCUACGAGAGAAUGUCUCAGCUUCGACAGCUUCAACGAGGACCACAAACACUUCACCGGCCUUCCCUGUAGUUGUCCAGACCGCUUCGUCCCAGUGUGUGCCUCUAAUGGGCGGACCUAUCCCAGCGCCUGCGUGGCCCGCUGUAUGGGUUUCAAGGACUAUCAGUUUGUCUUCGGUCUGUGCCGCCUCAGUAACCCCUGCGCCAGCAAACCCUGCCAGAGAAACCAGAGGUGCAUCCCAAAGUAUCGCGUGUGUCUGAGUGACUCGUCAGACUGCCUGCAGUACGAGUGUGUUGGCCGGCCGGCAGCCUGCGAUAAGAACAGCGUGGAGCCGGUGUGUGAUACCGACGGCCUCGUCCACCCCAGUCUGUGCCAGCUGCAGCAGGCUGGGAAAACCAUGGCGUACAUGGGCCACUGCCAGGACGCCUGUAGGAAGCCUCAGCAAGUGUGUGGCCAUAACGGUGAGACAUACAACACAGUGUGUGACGCCUUCUCCGACCGCGUGGCCAUGGACUACGAGGGCCCCUGCCAUGCUGUAGGGGCCGUAUCUGAUGUGGCCCCUGAGUCUGCGUGCAGUGUGAUUCCCUGUCCACCUCUGUCCGCUCCAGGCUGCCAGCCUGUCAUUCCACCUGGAGCCUGUUGUCCGAUCUGUGCCAGCAUGCUGCAGAUCCUCUGGAACAAAGAGCAGAUGAACACUUUCUCCAAGCUGAAUAAGAACCAGCCCGUCACGGUCCACGACGUCUUGCAGAUCCUGCGGCUUCACGUCUCGGUGCCACAGUGCGACGUCUUCGGCUACCUGAGCAUCGACCACGAGCUGGUGGUCCUCAUCGCUCCGGUGGACCAGCAGCCGACCCAGCAGCCGACCCCACUGCAGAUCGAAGCCUGCAGUAAGGAGGCUGAGAAGAUUGAUUCCCUCAUCAACUACGCCAGCCCCACGCUGGUCUCCCACGUCCCCCUCUCUGCAUUCCUCGUGUCCGAGAUCAAGACCUCCUCCAUCCGCUCGUCCGGGGGCACUGCGCCUUCACCUCUGCCCCCGGGCCUGUGCUUCCUCCUGGGCCUCGUCAUCGCUGCAGCCCCUGUCCUCCACCAGGUCUAAGUGCUUAUAACCCCCUCCAGCAUCUCUCUCACUAACUCUUGAGUGUUCCAAAGUACCCGCGCCUCUCUUCCUGGGAUGUUGGGGAUGUCAUGAGGUGAGUGUGUCCGGUGGUCACGGAGCAGGAAGAAGCAGCAGCGACGCCUUUUUUCGACAAUCAUUCCUAUUGACUCACCUGCGUGCCAAACAAUCAAGGCGGUGGAAAAGCUAUUAUUCUGGAAAGCUUUUGUAUGAACAGUGUUAUUAAGUGGAAGAGUUACUCACUGGGUUUCCCUCCAGUGAAGUGUGCUUAAGUGUGUGAAUGUGUGUGUGUGUGUAUGUGUGUGAGACCUUUAAGAAGCAUUUGACUUCAUACCAGCAGUGUUUAUCCAUUAGCCCUAGCAGCGAGCUCUCCUCUCAAAGCUGUUGAGUGGGAAUGUAAAUUUCAUGACUCACUCUGCCUUGCGCCGAGGCUUUAUGUGUGGGUUUAUAUGUGUGUGUGUGUGUGUUUGUGCAUGUGUGUGUGUCCGAUUGGAUUUCAAUAGACGAGGACAAAACAUCCCUGUCUGGCAGCACAUCUGUCUGACAAAUUACCCAAAAUUCCCUCGGCCACACACACUUUCACACCCACUCACACACAGAUUGGUGUCACUCAAUCCAGACUUCAGUGUGUAUCAGAUGGAGUCUGGUCAGCGUUCAUGUGACACUUUUAAAGCCUCCGCUAAAUGAGAAUGCACAGUCUGUACCGCAGUGCAUGUUGUACUGUAUAUACAUGUGAGGUGUAUAUGGACCUCGUGUUUGAACCUCUAACCUCAGCAGUAUUAGUGCCAUGCUCAUGGACUGAGCCAGCUCAGAUGAAACUAAUCCAGCCUCCAAAGUCGGUUGUAACUACUGACCAAACAAAGUUACGGAGUCAAUCAAAAAGUGGAAAUAUUAAGGGAGCCCAGGUUCUGACGUGGUGGUCGGGGUUAGAUGUCAGUCUUACCUGAUGACACCAAGCUUUCCUUCCAAAACAGUCCUGGUAACACUUUGUCUGAUUUUCAUAAAGUAGCGUUCAUAUAUUAUAAGUUAGUAUUAUAAAUGCAUGAAUGCAGAAAGUAUAAAGGGAAAAAUGCUUAAUGGAGCAACUGUGUCAUUAAUUCUAUGACAAUAUACCAGUGUUGUUCUGCUCCGUAGCCCGAUAACUCAAGUCGUGUAUUUCUGCUGAGCAUUUUUCAAAGUAUAACAUCAUGGAUUUCCUCCUUUUCAGCUUAUUUCGCAACCAUGUUAGCAAAGGCGUAACUUUGGUGUGAGAAGGAACAUGUAAAGACUUUGGUAACCAAAGUAUAAUCAGGGAUAUAAUUAAGUUUGUUAAAUUUAAAGCUAAAUUCUACAAGAAUAAUACUAAAUAUGCUACUCUGUGGCACUUUCGAAGUAUAUCCUCCUGAGACCCGAACUUUUGUUUGGUAUGCAUUUUUAAUGUCUCCUAGCUAUUUGGGAUCAGCAAGAUCUGGUAAAACUAAACAUCGUCAACGAUAAGUAAGUCCCAACUUCCUCAAACGGAACAAUGCUGAAGUCCUAAUGUCUUUAAACGAAUACUUACACAGAGUCAUAUCUUGUUACUCUUGCUAAAAUUGGUCAAAUUUGUUGCCAUAUCAAACUACAAACAUUAUUAAUCAUAACUAAACAAGUUGCAGCCAUAAAAUGUGACCAGGUCUUGGACCUUCUCCACUUUGGUGUCAGGAUCUGCUCAAGACUGACUUGGCAGGGAUGGCUGCCAUCUUGUUUUUACAUGGAUUAGUGUAUUGUGUUCAUUCUACCACUAGAUGGCACAAAAAAGUUUCCACAAAUGAGGACAACAGGUCUGAGUUCAGUAGAAUGAAGUACAAGGUCAAUUAAACCCAAAAUGUGAUGUCCUCAUAUGAGGACACAGGGUCUCAGGAGGAUAUGAGAGUAGUAGUUGCAAGUAGUUUUAAGUGAUCAGAUCACAAAAUAUCGUGGUGGUCGUUAACACUUGUAUUUAGCGCUGCCCACUUGUGAUCAGUAGUGAUGGCCAAAUGAAGCUUCAUGAAGCAUUUUCUUUAUUUUCCGAGCCCACUAGAUGGCACUCUUUGUUCAACAAAAGGUUGAAAGCACACUGAAUUGAGGCUUCAUUUGGCCAUCACUAGUGAUCGGGUCACACAAGACACGUGUUAAUACCAGGUGUGAACAGGCUGAUAAUGCCACAAGCCACAACAAAAGGACCAUCCUAACACACGAUAAGGCCUUCACGUGUUACAUUUUGUCCAACUUACUGUCCAAAAACCAAAGGCAAAUCCUUACAUUUGAGAAGCAGGAACCACAGGACCACCAAUAAAUGAUCAGUAAAUGAGUCAAAUAGAUUUUAAAAUAUAUAAUAACAAUAAUUUCAUGUUGAUCAGUAGGAAAAUUAGACCCUGAGACAUAAACGCUGCUUCAUAUAGUCAGUCAACCAGUAUCCAUCUACAGUUAAUCCCCCUUUGGUCAUCAUCACACAGUAAUGCAGCUGCUAAUAAGGGCCGUAACUCAAACCUCUGCCCAGUGGUGCAUUCAGUGAUGCUUCAAAAGCUGGAAUGAGCUCCAGCACAUUGUCAGAAAAAUCACACCCAGUAGACAAGAACUGACAUUACGAAAAGAAAGUGAGUUUGCUUGUUGUUGCAUGAUUAAGAUUGAGACUGAUAGUUCUAGUCCCUGAUUGGAGCUGAGUAACACAAGAUCAUUUAACUUUAAGACAAAAUUAAAGCGAUCGCUGUGAUGGAUCACCCAUCUCCCCUUUUACAACUCUACAAGUUGUUUUUACAGUGUUGUGAAAUGAGCUGAAGCCAAUAGCUGUCUGGAGGAAACCAUUUAAAAUCUGACUGUAUGCUUUGGAAAAUGGUCGACAGGAAUGCUAAGUUCCUGAUUUGUACUUCAGGGUGUACUUCACCAUUCUAGUGUUGCACCUUCAUAAAGUCUUGCAAAGAAUGGUCAACACGGGAUAUUGUAACUUUUAGUUCAUAGUAUUGGAUCCUAGAAUCCCCAUAAUUCAUUUGAUAGACGUUUUAUUAGGUUCUUAUUGUCCAAUAAAUGCCAACACCUUCAUCAAGUUUUAACUGCUGGGAUAACCCUGAUGACAUCACUGUGACAUCAUCAGGGUUAUUACCCCCAAUUCAUCGUAUUUUUUCAUAUUUGUUGGAAUAUUAUGCUGUCUUUGUUUCAAGCUAGGGUUGCAGCGAUAUUCCGGUGUCAACGUGUUCCCAUGUAGUGUGUGUUAUGUUGUGUUUACACCAAACGCGAUGCGAAUUUUCAGGUUGCGUUACUCGCGCAAGUUUGAACGCUAAAUAUUUUGUGUUGACUUGCUUCAUACGGGCAAAUAACCUGCAUCAUGUGGGCGUGAAAUCGCUGAAUCGAUGAAUGAACUUCUGCUGGUACAUCCUCGGCAUCAUACGUCUCCGGAGGAUCUCAACACUGAUUGGUUAUUGUGGCGCAAAUUGGUUGCCAAAGUUAAGAUUUUUCAGCUCUCGUGAAUAAGCAUAUGACGUGAAAUUCCGCUUAAUUCACUUAUUUUGUGUCAUUCUCGUCAAGUCCGUUGCGUCGUCCAGGGGGAAUGAGCGUCUUUACAUGUAAUUCACUUUUGCAAAUUGUUUUAUUCGCACCCGGUGUGAACACAACAUUAGAGGAACCACUAAUAAAGUGCUACCAGGACGCAAAUUUGCAGAUCCUAGGACAGCAAACGAAUGACCCGCCCUACUCUGCCAUGAUUGGCUAGUACUUGUUGCCUUCAUUGGUUGGAUUGGUCUUGGCAAGAAGAAUGGAAUUGGUUAGGGUCAGGGUAAGCCAAUCAGAGGCAAAGUAAGGCGUGUCAUUCCUUCGCUAUCAAAGGACAUUUGCUACCAGGAAGCGCCCCAUCAGAAAGACCCCGACCACAGCUCCCUUUGUGUGAGGCCAGUAGCUCUGAAAGGCAUUAAAGGGAUGCUUCCUGUCUGUAAAUAUGAACUAGAAGCCAUUAAAUAACAAAAAGGACAAUCACAUAGUCACUACCCACAAUCCACUUUGGGUAGAGAAGAUUUCCACAGUAUGCCUUGCAUAUAGUGUCUUAUAUGAAGUAAUAAUGAAAAUGCAAUAACUUUAUAUUUGUUAAGAAAUGUCUCUAUAUUUGAUGUGUAACGGAUUGAAAUAAUGAUCACCUAUGUGCCAUGUUUUUAAGCAAAUAGCUGUUAUUCUUUAUUGCAUGAUGACAAUUAUGAAGUGUUUUUACUCCAGAAUGUAUUAGUGUGUGUGUGCAUGCGUGCGUGCGUGUGUGUGUGUGUGUGUGUGUGUGUGUGUGUGUGUGUGUGUGUUGUCCCAUCUCUAUGUGUUUGUCUGUCUGCCUGUACAGCACAACGUGUCCCUGUCUCUAACAGUAUUACUGUGCUAGGCAGCUCUGUAGCGGAGAACCUUCACCACGGCUCCUCAAACUAUCAUUAUUAUUAUUUGUAUUAUUAUUAUUAUUGUUAUUAUUAUUAUUAUGAAUAUGGUUGUUGUGUUUAUGUCCUCUGGAGCCAACAUGAACUUAAUACAUGUCUGCAGUGUUUAAUUUGAUUUAUUGCCACGUUAGAAAAAAAGAGUUCACCUAUUCAAACUCAGCAGAAGUUGUAAAGACUGAAGUUCUUUCCUCCAAAGUAAUGAAUAGUUCAGCAUUUUGGGAAAAAGUAAAGACCUGAGCUAACUAAUAUUAGAUUCAUCAGUUGCUUUCAAAACUUUUUUUUCAUGUUUCCAGCUAGCUUCUGUGAAGAUGACAAUCCUGCAAAAUGGUGUUGAAUAUGUGUUGGAUGGCUUUAAGAUGGCCUCUAUGAUAUCAUGCUAAUUACAUCAUCUGAAACGACUCAGAAAAGUCAGGCUGAAGCUGAUGUUACAUGAUCCAGGCAAAGUGAGCUUUUUUUUUUUCUCACGCCCCUCCGUGUCUCAUAGCAACGCACAGGGCGCCCUUCAGGGUAUCUCAGUAACGCACAGCUGAAACGCAUUGUAACAUGUGGGUAGUGUUGUGAAACAUCUGUAAUGUGACGUCAGUAUGUUUACAUGACAUCACAGAAAAUUGAUAAAUUGUUUCCAACUAAAACCGGACAUUUAAAAUCCAUGUAAACAUGUUAGACUGACUGAAAUCGUACUAAAUCAAAUUUCUCAAAAUCGGACUAACACCCAGAUAAUGCCAUUGGGAGCUGAAUUCCUGCAUGUAUCCAGUCAAUCAGACCCAAACUGGCCGAGGCGCUCUGAGCAUGCUCCACAGUUUCCGCCCCGGGCUUUGACCCGGAAGUCCAAUAGCAUUAAAUGUGUAAGAGAAGAAGAAGCCGGUAACAACAUGGAGAAAUCUACAUACAGAGCUGUGAAGUUGUCCACCAUGGUACCAGUUAGCUGCUAGCUAACCAUAGUGAUGGCCAAAUGAAGCCUCAUGAAUCUUUUUGUUUAUUUUCUGAGCCCACUAGAUGGCGUUCAUGAUUUAAAGAGAGAUGCUCAAAGAAUGGCAAUUCAGUGUGCUUUCAACCUUUUUUUGAACAAAAAGCGCCAUCUAGUGGGCUCAGAAAAUAAAGAAAAUGCUUCAUGACGCUUCAUUUGGCCAUCACUAGCUAACCGUAGCUAACUUGUUUGUCCAUUGUUUGGUCUGUGACGUAAUAGGUCAACAGGAAAAAGGUCCAAUACUAACAGCUGAAAGGGGGCAUAUCUCCACCUAUCGUAGAGGAGUCGCACAUACUUGGCUCAAUAAAUGGAUUCCCCUCGCGUGCUUGUAUACUGGGACAAGGACAGUAGUCCGAUUAAAUGUCCUAGUCGAGCUUUAACCGUAGCUCGACUUAACUUCGCAUGUAAACGUACUGAAAGUGCAACAACUUUACGUAAAUUGCGUAGCAUUGCAUCAAAACACUGACUUCUGGUUUCACAUGAGACAUAGGUACGUAAGUGACACAACAUUAUGUUAAAAUAACGUAGACUUUUAGUUUCACGCAGGAUACGAACUGGGUGAAAGUCUUGUGUUGUUUGAAGACUUUCUCGCUCUUUACUCUUCGUCAGUUGCUCAAGCUUUGCUGCUGAUGGGUUUACAUUGGAGUUAGUGAAAAGCGCGGUGGAUCUCAUAAAGAGGCGUAAGGGUGACGAGAACAGUAUUUGAUGCCCUGGGAAUGAGUACGUGUCAGCUUUAGAGGUGUUAGUGGGUGAACUUUGGACAGAGCUAGGCUAGCUGUUUCCCCCUGCUACCAGUCUUUGUGCUAAGCUCAGCUACAUGAGCUCUCUCAUUAGCUUCAUAUUUAACACACAAGACUGAUAUCCAUCUUCUCAUCCUGCUCUCAGAAAGAAAUCUAAUAAGCAAAUUUACCAAAAUGUUAAACUAUUCAUAUGUUAAGAUAUGUUUUGUUGGUGUUUCACAGCCAGCUCUGCAGCCCUCUGGAAGCCGACAGUAUUUUUAGCAGAAAGCUCAUUUCUCCUGUCUUGCCCUAUGAUGCAAAUGCAGUGUUAUGGAGUGUAACUAAUGUCAGCUAAGUCAGCUGUCCUGAGCAAAUAAACCCUCAGGCCGGCUGGAGGAGUCGGACCAAUCAGCUGAGAUGGUCUCUGUAAUAACACCGGGACUAUUGUCACUCACGCUGUGUUUCUCGGUGACACCAUGUUCAAUUCGUCUUACCAAAUUCUCUGUGGCUCACUGAGUGUUCUCUUCUCUGCGUUCUCACUGUGUUUGUAAAAAAAGAAUUGGAAGAAUGCAUAUUUCAUGAAAUAUAAAAAAGCAAUACC